UAUUGCGACAGCGUAACCGAGAAGCACGACGAUUUCAUUUGUGCAUGGUGCUUUACAGUAUAAUUAUAUUUCUACAGUAUAACCGAAUUAGAACGCAGUUGACUUAAGCAAACUUAAAAGGCUUGUGAUUCCCAAUUUUAUCUGGGGGACUCACUUCUAAGCAUUAAAAGGCCUGAGACUGAACAAAAAAGUGGUGGGCACCCUGAAGACUUUAAAAUCAAUAAUUAAAAUCUACAACAAAUAAAAGAGUGUUGAAAGCGUGAUGCCAAAACACAGUAUUAGUGGUUCCUGUCAUGAAGAUGAUGAUAAGGAAGUUCCAGACAGUAAAUUCCAGAAACUUGAUGAUCCCAACAUUUAUCAGGGAUUAGGUGUUGAAAAUUCUGUAUAUAAAGAACUUGGUAGUAAAAAUGAAAUACUUCCUCUUUUUGACAAUAUUUGCCAAAGUUCUUCCAGUGAACACUUAAAACUGAAAAAUAAUUAUACCACUUCCCCUGAAAAACAUCAACAAAAAAUCAACUCAAUUUGCAGGCCUCUUUGUAAACAAAAUGAUAGCUGUGAUAGACUACCAGUUCAUAACAGAAUCAUUUAUGAUAGUAACAGAAAGCAAGAUGAAUCAUCUGUAAGUACCACUGUUUUGCAGGGUUCAGAGACAAAGGAACAUACAGUUGUUAACCCCCAGUCCAGUCUUGCUACGAAUGAAACUGUAAUUCAGGAAAACAAUUGUAAAACGAGCACAAAUAGUAGUAGCAGCACUUUUUGUCAAGAUUCUAAUCAUAGAAAAGAGACAUUGAACCUCGGAAAUAUUGCCUGCCAGGAUGCUGCCCUUAAGAAUAAACAGAAGACAGUAGCAUGUGAUGAUAAGUAUGAACAGGAUAAGAUAUUAAAAGUUAACUGUGUUUUGUGCCAAGAUACAGAACACAAUCAAGUAAACAUGGGAGUAAAUCUUUCUGUUCCACAGAGUUCUGACUCCACUCAUGAUAUAAAUAUAGAAAACAGUAUUGUAAACAAAAUUACUGACCAAACACAGGAGCAACCAGCUACUAGUGAUAAUGUAAAGAGAUGUGCAGACCAUCAAAUGAUAAAAGACUGUGAAGGUGAUCUCUUCCAACAUACUGACCAUAGACAAGAGAUACUUGAAUGUUAUGACCCUAAGAAAAAAAUUAAUUAUUUUGCUCCAGAAACAGUUGUAACUGAUAUUACCAAAUACCAAAAUAUUGACCCAAUACAGAAAACAGGGCCUGUUACUAAGUCUGUAAGUCAGGAAGCAUUAAGUAUGGAAAAUAUUAAUAACAGUGAGUAUACAUAUGCUAGAAAAAAAAUACCAUUGGCUGAACAUAUUUCGAACAAAGAAAUAGAAUUAAAAAAGGUAAAAUUAGAAGCUCAUGACACUUUGAGAUAUGUUUUAGACCCUGGAGAUGAUGGAGUGAAACCUCUAGCAAGUAAUGAUUAUAAGAAGCAGAGUACAAGUCAUAGAAAACCAACCCCAAAAUCUAAUAUCUGUGUAAUUAAAGGUAUGGACCCUACAAAGGAGGAAGUUACAGAUGAAGAUAAUGAGAAACAGAACUUUGAUUACAAUCAUGGAGUACUACAAGAAAUCAAACCUGACACAUUUUUAGUUGAUGACACCAUGAAACAGCCAACAGACUUCAGACAGGGGAUUCAUGUUUCUGAUAAUACUGUGAAUAAUUAUGCAGAACCCAGUCAAGCAGAAUUCAGAAAGGAACUAUUAUCUGCAGAUGAAAUUGAAAGUCAGACGACACUAGUAAUUGAUGAUACUAUGAGUCUGAAUAUAGACUCUAAGCAAGUGGAGGUACUAGCUAAUAAUGACUCCAUCCAGGAGGCACUACAAAUCGAUAGUACUGUGAGUCAAAAUACAGAACCUAACCAGGUAGCUUUAGAAGUUAAUUGUAGUGAAGGCAAAGAUACUAAUCCCCAACAGCAGCUAACGGAAGUAAAUGUUUCUGAAACCCUGAAUCCUGUAAGUGAGCAAAUCAGUUGUCAAAUUCCAGAAGAUUAUAGCCAAUCAAGUUGUCAGUCUGUAUGUAGUGAAAAUGCCCAUGCUUCCAGCAGUAUUAAAGAUGUGAAAAUCUCCGAGUGUGAUGAACCAAUUAAGGAAAAAAAGAAAAGUGUUUCUUUCAAUGGAGUAACAGUUUACUAUUUUCCAAGAAUUCAAGGGUUUUCCUGUAUCCCCAGUAAAGGAGGGUCAACUUUAGGAAUGGAUUUGCAUCAUUGUGACAUCCAAGAAUUUUCCCUCCAACAACAUGCAGAAAUGCAGAAACGACUACAUCACCAUAGUGUAUUGUUCAGAAGACCUUACAGAGUACAUCUUGGAGGGUCAGAUACUGAUGAGAGUGAAGAAGUCAGUGACCUUUCUGAUACUGAAUUUGAAAGUGAGAAUCUUUUUUUACGACCUGUUCCUGUUCAACAAAGAAGAGUUAUGCUAAGAGCAUCUGGAGUACAGAAAAUUGAUUCAACAGAGAAAGAAGUUUGUAAAGACAUCAGAUUAUCAAGGGAGCUUUGUGGUUGUGAUUGCAAGCUUUAUUGUGAUCCAGUGAAAUGUAUGUGCAGUCAGGCAGGAAUCAAGUGUCAAGUAGACAGGUUGUAUUUCCCAUGUGGUUGCUCUAAAGUUGGCUGCCAGAAUGUUGCUGGAAGAAUAGAGUUUAACCCUGUGAGGGUGCAGUCGCAUAUUCUUACUACCUUAAUGCGAGUACAGUCUGAGAAGCAGCAGGAGAUUAAGAAAAAUUAUUCUUUUGCUUCAGCCACCAAGAAUACAAAACUUGAAGUAAUGUAUGAAACCCCAAAGACAUGUUUAAAUAUUCCAGAACAUCUAGAAGAAAAUGUGGAUAAUCAAACCUCUCCAUUUGAGUGUGAAGAAACUUUUACAUGUAUUCAUAAUAAUACAGUCCCCUUACCAGAAUGUGUAUCUGUUCAAGACAAAGAAAUUAUUUCAAAAAAUGCCUUAUCUAAAAAGUCAGGUGGUAAACUAAAAGAAAAACAGUCUGUUCAAUAUUGUGUGAAUGCAUGCUCUACAACAACUAUCGGCAAUUUUGAAGCCUCAAACAUUUUCAGAGAGAAUCAUUCUGAUUCUGAAAACUUAACAGUCAUAGCUCAGACAGUUUCUCUGUCCGAUUCUAUUAAAGUUAAAGACAUGCCAAAUGAAUGCCUAAAAGAUAUUAGUAGGUUUGAAGACUUGACAGACAGAGCUUGGAUGGUUCCUCUGUCAAACUCUGAAAAAGCUAAAGAUACACCUAAUGAAAGCUUAGUGGAAGCUACAGAAUCUGAAUACUUGACAGUGAAAGCUCAAACACUUCCUUCCUUAGGUGUUAGUAAAACUAAAGAAAUGUCUAAUGAGUGCUUGGAGGAAAAUAAUAGUUCAGGAGACUUAACUAUCACAGCUCAGAAAGUUACUUCAUCAGACUCUCCAGAAACUACCGAUUAUGUGGUGGAAAUAAUCAAACAGAAUUUGGUUGAAUCAGUUAUAGCCUGAAUAUAUUAACAGCUAGGUUUGUUUAAAGGUAUAGUUAAAUUGUGUACAGAAUUUCUUCUCUUACGUACAUAGAAGAGUAUGGUUUUAGCUUACAAAUUUUGCUUUGUCCUGUUAUCAUGAAGUUUAUUUCUAGUUCAGUAAGAUUUUAUUGAAUACUUAAUUGAUGAUUAGAAAGUAAUCUGUAAUUAAAUUUACUUAUUCUUUACAAAAAACUAAGUUUUUAUUGAAUACAUACUUUAUUAUUAGGAAAUAUUAAUUAGCAUAGUUUUAAUUAUCCCUUUACAAAAUACUUGAUGUAUUUUUAAAUUAUACAAACUAAUUGAAAAUAUUUAUUGAAAGUAACAGAGUAAUCAGGUUUUGGUAAUCCUGCUUGUGGUGAACCCCAAUAUUGUCAUUUUUAUUUUAAUCAAGAAGUUUGUUAACUCAUCACAUUAUCUAGAGCAUUUGUAAUUCCCUUUUUAAUUGAGAGAUUAUUUUCAUUCUUUUUCUACUUGUGGUCAGAGUUCAAUAACAAAGAAUAUAUAUAGAGAUAGAGAACAUUUUCAUAGAAUGUGUAAUUUUUUUUGUGAGAAAAAAAAGGAAUUUGUAUGUGAAUAUGUUGAUUUUCUACCAAAAAAGUACUAUGGCUCUGGUAUAUAGAGAUAAUAUUUAUUGUAAACACUGUGAAACAAAAUUUAAAGUAUCUAAUUCAAAAUCAAUUAUUAAAAUACAAAAAAAGUGCUAUCCUUUAUAUGUUAACACAGCAAUGUGGUGUUGAAUAGUAUGUUUACAUACAGAGUAAUUAAUGUUUUGUAAUUUACUUUUCUCAUUUUACAGUUACUUUAACAAUGUGUAUAAAAAAAAGUAAUUUCACACGUUUGACUAUGUAUACAUUUAAAUGUAUAAAUUCUUAUUACACUUCCCUACUGCCUUUCAGUUCUUAGUAAUUGUACUAUUGAAUAUCACUUUGUGCUGUUUCAGCAUAUGAAAAGAACAAUGCUUAUGCAUUUCACUUUUUGUUGUGAUUAAGCACCUAUAUUUCUACACUAACAGAAUUUUAUGGAAAAUUCCAAGGAUGUGUUAUGUUCACUAAGGCUAUCAGAAUUGUUUUAUGGUAAUCAAAGAAAAAUUAAUGUUUUUCCUUUUUUAUGCCUUUAGUAAAUUGAGACUUGAAUGUAGAAUGCAAUGGUUUGCAUUUACAUAUAAGCAGGUUUUUAGCUCUUUAAAGCAGUACACACAUAGCAACUCUGCAUAUCCAAGAUUUGAUGGAGAAAAUAAAAUGUUUGGAAAGCAAAGACCAAAUUUCAUUCUUGUUGUAUUUUGGUAAAAUAUGGGUAUAAGCACCUAUUCGUUAAACUACAGAAAAAUAUGCCCUCAAUUAAAUUAAAGGUGUACCAAUGUGACUUUCAGUACUUUUCCAAUAUGCCGAUAUUUUAAUGGCUAUAGGACCGAUUACCGAUAUUUGAAUUGUGUUUAGGCACUACAUGUGGCUUACAGAAGUUGGUAUUAGAUGCAGUCAUACAUACACAUGUUACAUGUAUGUAAGAUUAAUAUUUAAAACCUACAUCAGAUAAAUUGUAUUUAAUAGACAGAAACAUUUCAGCAUUCUCAGCACAAAGUGGGUUUCUGUGACCAUAAUAAAUAUUACCAGCUCCAAAGAAGAGUCACCAAUGGGACACUUGUAGGUGGUACACUAAGGUAACGUCAAGCUAUCUUGGCUAAGAUAGGAUAUCGUAGCUUGUUACUGUUCCACAAUGUAUAGGAAUUACCCACUUGAGAGCUAAUAAGGGUUCAUGUAAGUAGUUGUAUACCAUGCAUUCAUUUCCUUCUCCAGAAUCUAUGGAUUCUCCUGAGUUUCUAAAAUUUUUGCCAACCAUUCCCAUACUUUACUAGUAGAUUUAGUUCCAGUAUCAUCAGUAUGUUGCUUCUUUUUAGGUGGCUCACCAUCACUGUCCUCUGUAGAUUCUGCACACAUCUCUAUCAGAAGUGUUUUAGCUAAUGCUUUGGUAUCAUGUUCAGAAAACAAAACUUGUUUUUGUAACUGAGGUCCAAUGUUUUUGCAAUAACCAAUUCCUCUCAUUCUUCAACUUCACUAAAUUUUCAUGUCAGUGCACCUAACAUCCCUGAUUUCAUUGUACAGACUCAUGUGUCAUCAUCAUACUUGUACGGACUCGUGAGUCAUCUUGUUUCUUAUUUAAUGGCUAUUUUUAGAGCUCUCAACAAAGGUAUUAGCACAGAUGCUGCUACUGUAUUAGUAGAUAUCAUUUUUGAUACUUUCUCUACAGGUUCCAGUACUGCGGUUAUUUUUUUGGUCAGCUCAAGCUGAUGAGAAGUUAACAUAUUGAUGGCGUCAUAUUCACAUGCAUAUACAUCCAGUGCCAUUUUUGGGCUUAUAAACUGAUUGCAAUAAGUAAAGGGUUGAGUUCCACAAAGCUGGUUCAUCCUGUACCAACCAGUGUUUUUUCAUGCUUGUUGUGUGUUUCAUUCAAUCAAUAGUAGGCUAAGGUAGAGUGUUUAAACUGUCCAACAUUUUUGUGAGAUACAGCCAAGACAUCAAUCACUGCAUGCUGUGAUAACACUCCUUCAUGCAUGACCAGCUGAAGUGUAUGUGCAAAGCAUCCCAAGCUGGUUAGAUGUGCAUCUCGUGGCUUUCAUCAUAUGCAUUGUCAUGCAACAUUAAAUGAACUCUCUCCUUGCCAGUGGCCCAGCUCUGCAACAUAACCUCAAGUUUUUCACACAAGUAUUCACCAGUAUGAGACCCUUCACGUUUAUACUUGUGCAACACAGCUAAUAUUUUAUGAGUCAUGUUGCAGCUCCAAAUUCAAGUAUGGUACCUCCACAAGCAUCUCAACUAGUUUACAGUCAAUACUUGUUUUGAUAUUUGGUACAACAUUUUCUGAAAAAUAUUUGACUUGAUAUAACAUACCUAGGCUCAGAGGUUUUAAUGAGAUGAUUAAACCCAGUGUCAUUUACAACUCAAAAAUGCUGGUAAUCGGUAGUAAUCAUUUUACCCACUAACCAGUGAAUACAUAACUAAGUAAUAUAUUAGGAUUGUUGAUGUCCCAUACUUUAACUUCAGUCUCUGUUUCCAUCAUUGAAAGCUGUAAGAAACCUGGCUGUUCUUUCUGCUUUUACUUUUCUUUCAGUUUUCUUAGCCUUUUCUUUGUAAUCGUGAUAAUUCAUAAGGUGUUUUUUUUUUAAAAUAUGACCAAUAAUAUUGGUAGUAUUAAAACGUUUAAUGGAACUUCCACCACUAGAUAUGCAUUCUUUACGGAUAUUAUAAACACUAAACUUGUUGCUGUCUUCACAAACAGUAAAAUAAUCCCAUGUAACUACUUUACAGAGCACAGUUUUUUACUGAUUUUUGAUAUUACUGAUAAGCCAGUAUUGGUACACCUUUAAAUUAAUAAAUGUAUACAGUGUAAUUUUGAAGAUAAUUUUUCGUAGCAAGCUCAGUGAGUAAUUACUUUUCUUGGAUAAAUAAUUUUAACAAACAGGGAAAAGGUAGUAUGAUUUGAAUCAACUCUUAUCAAAAAGAGAUAAAUUUUCUUAUAUAUUAGUAUCUUUUUGUUUAUUUGCACAUGUUUUAGAAUUUAAGUGUUUUCCAUUUGCUGCUUGAAAUGAGCAUGUUAUGUGCUGGAUGUAAUGAAAGUAUAAUAGAAACAGUUUCUUGCAAACUCUUAAAAGCAUUGAAGUGACACUGAUAACCAAUAGUAAGUGUAAUUUUUUUUCAAUUUCAUUUUAUAAAUGUACCAAAAGGUCACAAAAAUUAGUUUUCACAUCUGUAUCUCUCUCUUUGUGGGCAUAUAUAAAAUUUCAAAUGAAAAGGAUUUAACAGUUUCUCUGUGUUUGUAACUGAUACCAAAAUACCUUUAUUACCACAUUAAAAAAGUUACCCAUAAUUUUUGGAAACUUUAUAUAAAAUAUAGGACUUUAUUUUCAGUUAAAGCUGUAUUUCAACUACCUAUCAUUAGAUGCAUUAUUAUAUUUUACUUUAAUUUAGUAAUUGUAUUUGGAGGUGGAGGCAGAAUGAAUCUUUCAUCAUGGUGGAAUCAUAAGAAGAAAGCUUACUACAUAUAAUUGAGUUGUUGAUGAGAAAUUGCUCUUUGCAUGGUUCCAAUAUAUACCAUUUAGUUAUAUAUAUUACCCUAUUGGAAUACUUUUAGUUGUCAGUGUAUUUAAAAAAAUUCAGUUGAGACAAGAAAGUUUCAAACACAGUAACAGUGACCUGCCAAUACUUAAUCAUUACCAGAAGAUGGAUAUAUUAUUGCAAGUAACAUUUGGGAGCAUUGAAAAACAAACAAAAAGCUUGUAGUUGUUUUUGUUUUGUGGAGUAACUGCAUGCAAUAUUACAAAGGCUUGUAAAUAUGCUUAUUUCAAGUUAAUUUAUUAUGAUCUUGUAUGUAAUUUAGGUAGCACCUAAAACUCUACAACUUUUUAAAUCUUAUUAGUUCUGUAUACUUUUAACAUUUUUUAUAAUUGUUGCCCCUUUGAUGGAAGUACAAUAUGGAUAAUGGUUUAUAAAAUAAUGUUGAUGCAGUAAAAGCAAUAUUGGGGCAUUUACUGAUGAUUACCUGUGAAGUUUUUAUUUGGUUCUUUGCAUCUGUUAAAAACUGAAACUUCUGUUUGAAUUUAGUUUGUGGAUACAAAUAACAUGAAAAGAUUGUCAUUUAAAACUUUUAGUGUCUAGAUUGAGAGUUAUUUUUGUUUCAAAGUUUUGCUCUCCAGUUGAUUUAAACUAUAUUAACUACUCUACUGUAUAAGAAGAGUGGUAUUUCAGGGGGAUGCUGCCUCAAAUGUAAAAUGUUUGCUGGAAAUAUAAAAUUAAAAAAAAAGAAAGAAAAAAGACAAAUUUUGGUAUCAGUUGGAAUGUCAAUGUAAUGGAUCUUCUACAGUGUACAUUGAUAAAAUUGGUUAAAAGGAUGGCAGGGUAACAAGUUUACUUUGGGUAAGAAUGUUUGUAUGUCUACUGGUUUUUUUUGUUUUUGACAAACCAAUUAUAACUGCUUGAAAAAUAGGUUGCAGACCAAAACUUGAAUUAAAUAUAUGGUAAUUGUAUCCAUAAUUUAAUGUUUACAGUGCUUGUAAUCUUAUGUAAGUAGGGACACAGGUACAAUGCUAAAUAUUACCCAUAAAUUUCUUCAGUGUGCCUUUUCAUAGUUUGUUACAUAGCAUGAGCUGUAAGUAUAAUUUUGGGAAGAUGAAAAAAAAAAAGGAGUAUUUUAAGAUAACACAAUUGCAAUACUAGAAAUGUUUCUUAAAAAUCACAUCAGUAAAAAUAUGAUCUUUAAUGUUUAAUGUUUUCAAAGAGAUAUAGACAUGGGUCAGGUAUCACUGAUACUCAAGUGCAGGAUGUAAAGCUUUAUAAUACACUUCUGGCAUUUAUACAAACAUUACCUAUGUGGUUGUAAUUUGAUAUUGUCAUAUUGUAUAACCUUACACCAUGAUUAUUGUCAGAAACUAAUCUUUAAUGCUCACAUAUUCCAAGGAGAAAAUUAAUUUUCCUUGGGUUAGGUAGUCCAUAAUGCUCAUGAGUUCAGAAUUAACUGCUAAGUUGUACUGGCUAUGAGAGAAGAUUUGCACUUGCAAAAAGAAACAUUCCAUUGUUUUGAUUGGUAAUGCUUGUGACAAUUUUUAAUGUUGGUACCCAAAAAGAAUUUUUAAAACUUGUGUCCAUUUGUUGCAUAAGACACGUUACAAAGCUGAUGUGUUUAUGCUUUUAUCCACUUUAAAUAGAAUAUGAACAUUUGUUAGUUGUUGUUUUUUCAGUUUUCCUUCUUUGUGUGAAUAACUUAUUAAACUAGUCAAAUUAAAGAAAGAAGUUUUAACAGGAAAGUUAAAGCUUUGUUUAUGGAUAAAACAAGUAAUACGUUUUUAAAUACAUCAUGUUUUGCUUGUUUACC